AUGUUGGAAUGGCACACACAUUCAUUCUUCCUGGAGGUGAAGCCGCGUGCUGAGCUGGCAUCAUUAUUUGUUGACUGCCCUCCUGAGGAUCUCCAAAACGAUGAGGGCGUGGAACAGGAUGAAAAUAGCAAGGAAAAUGAUACGCUUAACCUGGUUCGAGUUGGUGAACACAGCGUUGAGAUAGGAGUCCCAGCUACAGUAUCUGAGAGUUUGGAUCUGGAGAAAAAAUCGCCAAGAUAUAGUGUGAACAUCUCGAAUCUCACAAUGUAUCCACAAUCGCUUUGUGCACCCACGUGGGCGGAUAAUCAUCGACUCUUCAUGUGCAAAAUACAUGUAGAGGCAGAUGGAUUGCCACUUGUUCCAAAAACCUUUCACCGCCUUGCAAGUGAUAUCAGCGACACUCAUACGCUUCAAGAAUACUGUAAUAACUCCGUUGGUGCCAAUAUUUCCAUAGCUUGUAGCCAAUGCAAUCGACCAAUUAUGGAAAACAAAUCUGGAGAUGUCGCCCUCACUUGCCUGCCAAGUGAUGAUUGGUUGGAAACAUCGCCAUCAGCUGAUUAUUAUUGUAGAGACACAUGUGGAGCAGGAUGUGACCCGGAAAAACAUGGCAGAAAGCGAGAUGGAACCGAAACCGGUAACAUGCAUUCGGAUUGGUAUCCAACCUCGAAACGCUUCCUAGUUAGUCAUUCGUAUGCUGGAGUGAAUAAAGAUACCUUAGCCGAGCCUGAUAUUUGCCGUGAUAAUCGAGUAGUUUCAUGUAAAGGGUGUAAUUCGGAACUAGGAUAUGUGAUGAAAACUUCCAGCAAAAUUGUAUUACUCCAUCAUGCUGUCUGCACUUUUUCCGUAAACUCAAAAUCUUACAUGAAGACUAGAUCUCGUUAUACUAGAAUCUACUGCUAUGACUCUAAAUUUAGUAAUUUUGACCAUCAUUUCUCUAUCUCGAGUAAAGUGUUACUGAGCAUUGUUCAGCUCACAUUGCAGCGGAAAAAGGGAUGUCUCUUGCAUGGAGUAGGCAAAAGCUCUCUAAAACCGUUAAAGUUCCCUGAUACAUCGGUUUUCUUCGCGCAACUGGUUUUGUCCUCAUGUGAAGCGCAAUCCAGUCUGAAACUGGUGGUACGGUCAUUAGAUAAAACGCCACAUAUAUUGGUGAGAAUGAUACUUCUUCAUCCUACAACAAUAUGGUUACUGGAUUCGUAUGUGGUAGCUGCCACGGGUGAACUUCAUGAAGACGAAGAGGAGCAAAAUAGAAAAUUAGGUGAGAUUCGACCAUUCCCAGCUGUAAAGAUGCUCUACAAAGUCUUUGAUGCGCACACCGCAGCCACAGAUCCCCGCGCUAAUGGUGAAGAUGCCAGCGUUGGACUUAUAGAUGUA